AUGACCACUGAUCCCGGAUGGCCAUCGUCAACAGGAUCGUCGCUUCCGGCCGUACCAACCAGUGAUGAUGACGAAGCGGACAAGACUCUUUCGCUGGAGGCGUACGAAGCCCUAGCUGAUGAUAUGCCUAGUCGACUACGACCUGGCCUAUUGAGCGAAGCCGAAAAGUCAAUCGGGAAUAAACACAAGCGCGCUUUGAAUGAAAUUGACGUGCGCAGUUCGCCACCGUCCAAAUUUACUUGCCUUUCCACAAGUGAACCUUUCUCGCUGGACGGUGACUCGGGCUGGGACUUGGAUGAUUCGCAGCUGUAUUCGGAAGAAUCACUCUUGCUCACUUCAGAUGCUCCACCUUCAUCGCCCGUCCCACCGCAUGAGUCUGUACGGGCAACAUGGACGUCAACACAGUUGCUCAUCCAGUUUCUAGAAGCUGUGGAUCUGGACGUACAGGACUGUGGUCUCGACACUCCGCAGGGUACUCAUGUGAUGCGGGUCGAUACAGAGGUGGUGAUGCAGCACACAUCGAUCACCCAGCUGUAUGGGUUGUUCCGCCGCUGUGCCCGCGAUACAGAGAAAGCUCUUACCUCUGGCAUGAUGUCUAUGGACAGUACACCACGCACAUUGCUGGAUAUCGAUGCGCAUUUGCUCUCUCGCUCUUUGCAUUUGCUGGAAACGACGAUGCGGCAACAGAGUCAGCGCGCAGAACUUCGUCUUGAUUUGGACUUUGCGUCCUUAGAAGCUCAGGUGCGUGAUUCCGUCUCGCUGUUACUCUGUGCAAAGUGUUGUUUGAUUGUGUUGGGUUUUGAACAGCUGCCCAAAUUCUUGUUUUCAGAAGAGCUGCUUGAACGCUGCCUUGAUAUACUGAAACCCGCGCUUGAAGCAUUGGUUCUUCCUCUAGUUGAUGCAUGUUCGAAUCCUGUGCCAGCAGGCCUCGCAUUUCAUUUGAUUCAGGGCUCCGCGCCAGCAAGUCUUGUCGCAGAACUUGACAUUCAUCUGCACCAUGUUUGCUCGACCAUGUCUCUCCUAGAGCCGCUAUACUGCCUCAGCAGUGUCUCGGUACCUGAAACCCUUAUGACUCGGUGCGUCUUUCUCGCUUUAGCUCCGCUAUUUGCACAGGACCGUGGAUCCAUGACCACCACAACGAAAAAACAAACCAAUGACUCUUCCUUUACUCAUGCGCAUGUAUUGCGUCCCCUCCGGCUUUCGUGUCUGCAUAUACUGCGCAACUUGUUCGUGUUCUAUCCGACGCAGCGAUCAUGGGUGCUAAGCGAGAUACUUAUUUCUUUACAACAAUUGCCGGACCUUCGGCACAGGAAGAGGCACUUUCGCCUUGGAGGCGGUCAACGCAUUUAUGUUAUAACAGCUCUCUUACUCCAGCUUGUCCAGGCUGCAGCGUACGAGUCGCCCGCUUCUUGUGAACAAAGUCUUGCGUGGUUCGUAGACGCUGAUGUCAGGGAAACGCAAGACAAACCGCCGAGCCAAACCAAUCACGAGUCCGUGCAUGCACUGGCUAGUAGCAUUGCGGCAUUCCUUGUACAGCGAGUAGCAGAGGAUAAAGCAGGAAAGAACUCUACCGAAAUGAGCUAUGCAGCUAUCGUGUAUGCAAUUGUUGAAGACACGCUGGCGCUCGUUUUUCUUCCUGAAUGGCCGGCUGCGCCCAUGCUUUUAUCAUGCUUCAUGCGCUUGUUGGUCAACGUGCUACAUGAAGCCAAAGGUGCUCUAGAAGCCAAGGCAAUGGCACUCGAUCUUUUGGGCAUUGUCGCUGCACGUAUUCGACGUGCUGAAAAACAGCCACGUCCAAGAAAGAGCCAAGCUUGCCCGCCGACCAUGUCGAUUAUAUGCGCAUGUCUCGACGUGGAUGCACUGCGACAGACGCAGCAAGCGCAUUCGAGCCUCAUACAACGACUCAGUACUCGAAACAAACAAGAUCCGUCCAUCCUAGCGGCCAUUCGAUUUCAUCGUGCACAGUUCCUCUAUGACCUUGCGCUCGCAAUGCGAUCCUGCAAAAGCAGUGGCUUCCAAAACAACACGCAAGUUGCUGCGAAUGUCGGGGAUUCUGACAAGACAGAAGACCCAGCCAUUGCUUUGUUCCAGCAUGCGAUUGCAACUUGCGCACAGCAGAUGGAUCGGAAUGAUGGCCCUGUGCAGGUGGCUGAUUCACAUUUGAUCAUGUGGCUGGUGCUUCAGAGCACUUACUUCGUAUCGUUUUCGUUUCUCGUCGCGCCGUUGCUACAAUGCGCAAAUUCGUCUGUGUUGUCCGUACGACUGCGCGCGCUACGUGGACUUGGGUAUGUGGCGGAUGCAAAUGCAGACUUCCUGGAUGAUGAGCAUGUGCGCGAAACCAUUGCCUUGCAUAUCACGGAUACAAGUGCAAGUGUUCGGGAAGUAUGUGUGUCUUUAUUGGCAAAUUAUUUGUUGUACAUGCCGGCGAAGCUUCCAGUAUAUCUGGCAGACGUAUCUGAGCGUAUCAUGGAUACCGCUGUUGCCGUUCGCAAGCGGGUGAUUCGAUUUAUGCGUGACGUGUAUUCGCUGCGGAUUGACUAUGAUGCAAAGUUGAGGAUCAUGCUUCGAAUGCUCCGUUGCAUGCAUGACAUGGAUCCUACCGUCCAGUCACUUGCACUGGAGUGCAUGACAGUCAUGCUGUUUAGUGACAAGACUCGUGAAAGCCCUGCUGUCUUGGCGCGACUCUUUGCUGAUCUAUGUACGAGGAUCCGAGAGCGACCAUCACCGCUGGAAGAGUUUAUGCGCAGACUCGACAAGGAUAAGACAAGCGGCGACGAUGCACAGACUACCUCAGUUUUGGCACUUGGCGAGUUGGUGGAUGAACUUAUUAGUCAACUGUUUGCCGGUGACACGGAGCCAAUGGCCAUGCUUGAUCAACUGCGCGUCGUGCACAUUUCUGAGUCAAACACAGCCCAACGUGCUGACAAUUAG